AUGUACACGGGUCUAGCCGGAAACAGGGCUCUGCCACAGGAGACUUUGGCACCUUCAACCGGAGCCGGCGUUCCCACUGGAGCUGUUUUCCCACACCCGGCAGCUGAAGCGGAGGCUCGACGCGGCCCUGCAGCUGUGAAGAUGCAGGAUAUGCGUAUUCUCGGGGCCACCCAAGGCCAACAUGCAACUUUGCGUCUUGCCAUGGAGGAGAAGGUUCUCAAACGCAUGCACCCGAGGCAACCAUGCAUGUUUUCUCAUCACCCGCUUGCUGCCCAGCUGGAUGGCAGCUUGGAUACAAUCGAUUUUUGUGACAUUCUCAACAGUAAGUUAAAACAGAUCAGAUCGUCUGCCCGCUUUCAUUGCCAUGUCGCUCCCUCUGUUAUAAAAAAACUACGUCAUAAUAAGUCGCAUACUGAUUUUUAUUUAUUUAGUUGGUUUGGGAUUUGGUUAAUNNNNACCCAAUUGUGA